GGCGGGGCCUGGAGGCUAAGCCACGCCCCCGGCGCACCGCAAGGCUCGGCAACAAGUCGCAACCAGUCUGCAGAAUUUCCCGUUGCACGGUUAUGAUCCGCGCUCGCGCCCUCGACGAAGCGAAGCACCCUCGGCUUUUCGCGGUCGUUCGGCGUCUGCGUGCGACGAGCACACGGGAACGGAGCCCGAUGGAGAGACGCCUCAGCCGUGCGUGUCGUGAAACGUCGCUUUGAAGAAUGACGGGGCUCAGUGAUCAGGGCGAGGACAUGGGUCUGCUGACCCCGAUCGAGCUGACGGACCCUCAGAAGGACGACGACCCCCAGUGUCCCGCUCACUUCAGACAGAGCCUCAUGCUUCAGCUGAUUGACGAUCUGUCGUAUGAGGAUGUAAAGAAAUGCUACAGGGGUUCAACUGUCAGCAAAUACAACUCUCAGUACCACAAGCUCUUCUCGUCCGUCCCGAAGGAGGAGAUCCUCAUGAAGGUUUAUUCCUGCGCUCUUCUGCGGGACAUCCUUCUGCAAGGACGCCUUUAUAUUUCUCGAAACUGGCUGUGUUUCUACGCAAACCUCUUCGGGAAAGAUAUCAAGGUGGCCAUCCCCGUGGUGUCCGUGCGUCUGGUGAAGAAACACAAGACAGCCGGCCUGGUGCCCAACGGACUGGCCAUCACCACCGACACCAGCCAGAAGUAUGUGUUUGUGUCUCUACUGUCACGAGACAGUGUGUACGACGUGCUGAGGAGAAUCUGCACACACCUUCAGGUGAAUGGGAAGAAGAGUCUGAGUCUGAAGCAGUUUCUGGAGGAGCCCGGCUCUCUGUCAACGGAUGAGUUUCCCGUGUCCACAGACUUCACGCCGGUGCUGAAGUGGCGCCGGAAACCUUCGGCUCCUUCUGUGUCUUCAUCGCUGCCGGAUCUGCUGGGAAACUCUACGAGUAGCUUGAGCGCGGGAGACACGCCGUAUCCCGCCGAGACACCGCUCGAGGAGAGACGGCUGGAGGCCGAGAAGAUCCUGCUGACCGAACCCGUGCCUGAGCUGGGUCACAUGGAGUAUCAUCUGCUCAAGUUCUUCAUUCUGCUCAUUAUUUUGCUCAUCAUUUCCUCGUGUUAUCUGGCGUUCCGCGUCUGCAGUCUGGAGCAGCAGCUGUCUUUCCUCAACACACAACCAGCCAUGAGCAUGAGAGAGAGGUAACCCUGGUUUAACGCCGUGCCAACCCAGAGCCAACCCAACUAAACCAGCUCAGUUACAGGUACAGCACUAGUCGAGGAGCAGUUAACUAACUAACCGACCGGCCGGCGGAGCUCCACACGCAGGACUCAGGACCGACCGACUGUUACCAGCAUCGCUUGCUGUCACUGAACUCGACGUACUUUCACUUUUUUAACUCUUUCUAUGUUUGUCUGUUGUUGUUUUUUCUCUUAAACGACCUGAUAUGAGCAUGUUUACCAGUGUUUAGUGCACUGCGAAGAAAUCCUUUUAAUGAGUAUUUUGGUCUUGUUUACUCGUAAACUCUUAGAUGCAUUUUAAGAAUCGAUGUAUAUAUUUUUUGCUAUUUUAAUAAAUCACAAAGAAAGUGUAAUUGUUUAAAAUAUUUGCAUUAUAUUUAUACACUUAUACUUAUUUGGUGAUUUGUUUAAAAUAUCUU